GAGUGAAUUUCUCGAUCCGUCAAAUUGGGGUAAAGUGUCCGAUAAUCAAUAAAUAAAUUCCUUAUGAAAUACGCUAAAAUAUAAUAGCGAUGGCGGAUUAACUGAAACUAUUACAUAACGUUUUUGCUUCGGUUUGGUGUCGGGCAACGUGCAAUGUAAAGAGGUUAUCAUCGCUUAACGCUAAUAUCAGCUGUCAAAUCGUAGGAAUUUAUAGCAUCGUAUCCUUGGUGACUGCCUUAGCAACCGAUACAACAACAUAGCAACACAGGUUAUCUCAAGGAUUUGGUUCAUUUCUACCUAUACGUUAAUUUUAUGAAAAAAUAACAUAAAAAAGAGAACAGCUGGUUGUGAAAAGAGGAUUGAAAUCUUAAUUUUUUUUUGAUUUAUUUCAAAAACGAGAAGAAAAAAGGAUGUUUUAGUACUAAUAGAGGAGAGGUGUAGCCGUGGAGACUGUGCCAUGGCAACGACAGCCAGGUUUGCUACAGCAUCAGGAGGCAGCAACAGCAGCAGUCCUCCCACCCCAGCCCCAGCAACGACACCACCUGCACAGUCGCAGACAACCCAGCUAAUUGUGUUACCGGCCAGUAUUCACCAGGCUGCGACUAGUGGUACAAUCGUCAAUGGGGUGCCGGUAAUCGACGUAUCUGCUUUGGAACAAGCUGCAGACUCUAGUAACGAAAGUUCGGCGACAGCAGAACAUCAGAGUGAAAGUCACGAAACGGAAGGAAUCGAGCAAGUUUCUUCGCAUUAUAUCACUGUUACCGAAGCAGCGGCUAGGUCCUAUGCUUCCUUAACACCCGUGCAACCCACCGUAGUUGCUUCAGAAGGAGAUACAGUGGCAUCCCAUCAAGGUUAUCAUGUUCAAUAUGUGGAACCGGAAAUAUACGCUGCUCAAACUAAUGGUGGUCAAGCACAAAUGGCGUAUCCGAUUUAUACUGUUGGAGAAGCUGGAACAAUUUAUGCAAGUCAGGGUCAAUAUUACGCUGCGAAUGCAACAACAACGGGUGCAUCAAAUGCUGUCGGAUAUACAACCACUGGAGGACAUUAUUUAGUUCAACCUGCUGUCGAUCCUGAAACUCUUAUCGCUUCAACCAGAAAUUCACCUCAAACAACUACAGCGGCCGAAACGAGUUAUGUGGCGACGGCCACCGUGCAUGCGACACCGUCUUCUGGGCAGGUGAACGAGGAGGUCGGGUCCGCGCUUGGCCACGCUACUAGAGUAUCCCCUGCGACAGUUCAAUGGCUUUUAGAAAAUUACGAAACAGCCGAAGGUGUUUCACUUCCAAGAUCUACGCUUUACGCUCAUUACUUACGUCACUGCGCCGAUCACAAAUUAGAACCCGUUAACGCCGCAUCGUUUGGUAAAUUAAUACGAUCGGUUUUCUUGGGAUUACGUACAAGGCGUUUGGGGACAAGAGGGAACUCAAAGUAUCAUUAUUAUGGUAUUCGAGUGAAACCUGGUUCGCCUUUGACAACGAUUGAAGAAACGGGGAGUAGAACGGUUCAAACGGCAAAUAAUAUGUCUGGAAAAGUUUCUGGAAAUGUGAAUAGAGGAUUUAAAAGGAGUAGUGACUCUUCAGAUUCUUCUGUUUCUGUCGGGGUUAUUUCGCAACAUUUAUCCUACCUUGGCGACGGAAGUAAUGCGAUUCCAAAUUUUCCGAGUAUUAUAAUUCCAGGGCCUUUACCUAAGGAAUGUUCCUAUGACGAUGUUGAUACGUUAAAAUCAAUUUAUCGAGAACAUUUAGAAGCCUUUCUUGAUGCGAUUAUGAGCUUAGAAUUUUGUACUGUUGAAUCGCUUUGGAGAGAGUUUUGGAGAUCGCAAGAUAAUAAUAACGGCGAUGAAUGUGAAGAAGAAAAAUAUUUGUCAAAAUCUAAAUUAUUUGCUCUUUGCACCUUGGAACCCGUUCAAACAUAUAUAAGGAACGUUGAUUUAAUUUUUUAUCAAAACUUAAUACAAGUUCUAGUCCCAGAUGUUUUAAAACCCAUCCCGGCUACUUUAACACAAUCUAUACGUAAUUUUGCCAAAAGUUUAGAAAGUUGGUUAACUACAGCUAUGACUGGGGCUCCUUCGGGAAUGCUCUCAGCGAAGUUAACCGCGGUUUCAGCAUUUAGUUCAAGUUUAAGACGUUACACAUCUUUAAAUCACUUAGCUCAGGCCGCUCGCGCUGUUUUACAUAAUAGUACUCAAAUUGCUCAGAUGCUUGCUGAUUUAAAUCGAGUCGAUUUUCAUAGCGUUCGUGAACAAGCAUCAUGGGUGUGUCAAUGCGACCAUGAAAUCGUCGCUCGUUUCGAAGCCGAUUUCAAAUUAACGUUGCAACAACAAAAUUCUCUUGAACAAUGGGCUUCGUGGUUGAAAAACGUCGUAAAAAGCGCGUUGAAACCGUACGAAGGAAAGCCAAUGUUUUCUAAAGCUGCAAGACAAUUUUUAUUAAAAUGGAGCUUUUAUAGUUCCAUGGUAAUACGAGAUUUAACUUUACGUUCAGCAGCAAGUUUUGGAUCGUUUCAUUUAAUUCGACUACUUUAUGAUGAAUAUAUGUUUUAUUUGAUUGAACAUCAAGUUGCUGAAGCAACUGGAAUAGUUCCAAUAGCAGUCAUGGUUGAAGGAAUUGUAAGUAAGGUUUUGAAAUUAAUUUUUUGUAAUU